AUGCCGAGACGAAGGGAGCUGCAGGCCGAGGACCUGGCCAGCGCGCUGCGGCACCUCGACGAGGAGUUCGAGGCGGGCGAGAGGCUGGCCAACGAGCAGACGUGGUGCGCGCCGGUGCCGCGCGAGAGGCAGGUGAGGACGGUGCGGAGGUUCUACCGGGCGUUCCACGACGCAGGCACGCUGCCGAUCGCGACCUGCACGCUAUGCUACCGGAAGCGAGCCAAGGAGGAGCUGAGGGAGACGACGUGGGAGGGGUGGUCGCGGAGCAGCGUUGCGGGGGGCGGGCGGUCCCGGUUCGGAUGCCGAAGCUGCUUCCCGGAGGGCAGGCCGGUGCCGGUCUGCGUAGAGUGCGCGCGAUGGGCCGGGCGCGAGGGGGCGUCGCCGGCCAUGCACCUCCACGGGCGGCUCGGCUGCGAGCACGCGUACCCCGACGAGCUGAAGGACCUCACGCCGCUCGAGGAGAAGCUCAUCUCACUCAACUCGUGCUACGGCUUUGUGACGAAGUACAGCAUCCCGGGCGGUCAGAGGCAGAGCGUGAGGUACCCGAGGCACGUCAAGGGCCACAUUACCGUGUUCCCAAACGACGUGCAGGGCCUAGCCGCUAAGGUGCUGCCGCACCCGCUGCUCCGGGUCAUGGACGAGAUCCACGUCUCGUGGCAGGGUGCCGAGGCCCGGGCCGCGCGACCUAUCGGGCCUGCUGUCGAGCGAAGCGAGCCGUCGGCGCGGGAGAGGACGCGGACGGCGCAGGUGGUGCCGCCGUCGGAGCGGGCCAUGGACGACGAGGGUGCGGUCGAGAUCGAGGAGGACGACGACGGGGACGGCGCUAGGCCCGAAGAGGACGGGGACGUAAUCAACGAGGUGACGUCUUCCGGCAUGUUCCCGUUGGACGGGGCGCCAGAGGUGGCCGAUGCUGAGAAGAUUCGCUUCGCCCGCGGUGCCGUCGGGCCCGAGGGAGCGCGCGCCGGCCCGAGGACGUGGGUAGGGACUGCGGCCCGAGAGGCGGAGGGCGAUGGCGGCGACGUCGAGCCGCACAUACAGGUGCGGCGCGGCGAGGAUUUCGCCGACUCGGCGGACGCCUCCUUCUUCGCAAAGGCCUUUCCGACCCUGUUCCCCUUUGGCUUAGGCGGGCCGAGGCUCGCCGACGAGGACGCCACUGGGGAGAGCGCGGGCCCUAGCGUCGGGAACCAGGGCACGCAGGCGGAGCGGGUCGCGGAGGGCCUUAUGUCGACGCGGAACAUGAAGCUCCAAGCAUGGGCCGACGUCGUGCUGCGGCGCCACGGCGGCCGGAACCGCCAGGCCAGCAUGCUAGGCGUCACGAGGAAGAACUUCGCAAGGGUCGAGGGCCUGUUAAAGUCGUUAACGGCGCAGAGGCUCGAGGCGGCGAGGGUCGAGCUCGAGGCCACGGGCAAGACUAGCGACGACGGGGUAAAGGAGCUCCUCCGGUCCCUCUCCGUGUUCGGUUACCGGCAGCCGAUGUCGAGGGAGAGCCGCCUCAGUAUGCGGAAGAAGAUACUAUCCCUCAUCAUAAGGCACGGGGUGCCGGCCAUCUGGUUCACGCUGAACCCGAACGACAUUACAAACCUGGUAAAGUUGCGGCUAGCGGCACACCGCGGCCGCGACCCGGACGAGGCCGAGGCCUUCCUACGAGACCUAGGGACCGCGUAUAAGCGGACGCGGCUGGCCAUAUCGGACCCGAUGAGCUCGGCCGUCUUCUUCCACCGGGAGAUGACGCUCUUCUUCGAGCACUACGUCAACGUCGAGGAGGAGUCGGUGUUCGGCCACGUCGGCGCGUACUACGGCGCGGUUGAGACGAACGAGCGAGGCGCUCUCCACAUCCACGGGCUCCUCUGGCUAAGGGGCAAUGCUGGCCUCGGCGAGGCGCUCGCCGGCCCCGAUACGGAGGAGCAGGCGGCGUACCGGGAUCGCAUCGUCCGCUACGUAGACAGCGUCUUCUCCGAGGAGCUAGACGCAGAAGGUUACUGCGCCGUGCAAGCGGAGCGGUCGGCCACGGCGGACAUAUCGUCGCGGCUCGACGACGUCGCGCGCUUCACGGACACCUUCGACGAGGAGGCCAACUUCUGCGCCGGCGCGACGCAGAUCCACACGCAUAGCGCGACCUGCGCGCCGUGGAGGCUGGUGGAGAGGACGGCGCUGACGGCGGACGGGGUGCUCGAGAUCCGGCGGACGCAUAGCAUGGUGAACCGGUGGAACCGGGCGAUGGCAGUAGGGCUACGGCACAACCACGACAUCUCGUUCAUCGCGACGCAGCGCAAGACCAUGGCCCUAAUCUACUACAUUACCAACUAUGCGACGAAGGUAGAGGACCCCGUGUGGAAGCGUGUGGCCGCCGCGGCCGAGUUCCUCCCCGCGCUAGAGCCGACGGGAGAGGGCAACGGAAGUGGCGCCGACCGCGACGCCGGCCGAUGGGGCGGGGCCGAAGGGGUGGCGACGGCGGCGGACCCCAUGGGGAACAAGACGAGAACGUUCCUGCUCAAGGCGGCGAACCGAGUAUUUACGGAGCGGCCGCUGUCGCAGGUCGAGGUGAUCGCGCACCUCCUAGGGUACCCGGCAGAAUUUAGCAGCAGCUCGGCGUGGGCGUACGUGAACGCGAACCAGCUCUACUGGGCCGUCUUCCGCCGGUGGCGGCACCUCCGACGGGCGAGCGGCGCGGAGGCGACGGGCGACGCGCCGGACGAGACGGCGCUUAGGCGGCCGGGUAGCGGGGCGACCGUAUGCCUCGACGGAUACCUCAGCAAGGAGUUUAGCGAGGGAGACGACGAGUCGUGCCACCGAAGGGCGGCGCUCCUCCGGCGGUCGGCGGAGGACGCGAAGCGCGACGCCAAGCAGUGGGCCGCCACGGCCGAGGAGGGCGGUACGACGGUGCCGCAGGCCGGCGACGAAGGCAGGGGGCGGCCGAGGGGCGAGGAGGCGUACCGCGCCGGCGGGGCGGGCGACGCGGCCCGGCUCAUCGACGUCGUCCGGAAUGCCGCCGGCGCGGGACAAGUCACGGCGCAGUCAACAGAGCUGCUAGCGAUGACGCAGCAGCUCUGCCGGUUCCAGCAGUCGGCGCUGGGGUCGGCGGCCGAGCUCGCGGCGACGGUAGUGGCGGAGGAGAGGGCAGGCAGGCGGGUGAACCUACCGGGCUCGGAGCUCUCGGGGGCGGCGCUGCCACGGCAAGAAGAGGUGCGGGCCAUCAAGUCGCAGCAGAGGAGCGCGGCGCGGGAGCGGGAGCGAGCCAUCCAGGGCAUCCAGGGCGGCGGGGCGGCGGCGGGCGUCGGGGCCGACCGCGGCGCGGCUCUUCGCGGGGUGAUGGGGGGCUUCGGCGAGGACGACAUGGACGUAACGGCGGCCGACGGCGACGUAGACGCUGGCACGGCGGCGGGGAUGCGCGUGCGGCUCGGCCCGUCGAGCUCGUUCGUCGCCGCCGGCAGGGAGCUGGCGGGGCAGCUAACGCUCAACGAGAAGCAGGCCAUCGCUCUCCUAAUCGUAUGCCGGCAGCUCGACCGAAUCCGGCAGCUCGACCGAAUCCGGCAGGGCGACGACGCAGGCGGCGAUGGCGGCGGCCAGCUCUGCCUGUUCAUCGGCGGCGAGGGCGGCACCGGCAAGUCGCGCGUCAUCGAGGCGCUCGUCGAGCUGCUCGCCCGGAGGGACCUAUCGAGCCGGCUGCUGGUGACGGCGACGUCGGGCACGGCGGCAGCACGGAUCAACGGCAUCACACUACACUCGGCCUGCGGCCUUACGGUCGGCCAGGGCGGCCGGGCGGGAGGGGCGACGAGGGACGUAGACGGCGUACGGCUGCCGGGCCAGGGCGAGCGCUUCGUCGACGGCCGGUCGCGGAUGGACUGGCAGGAGAAGGAGGUGCUGGUGAUCGACGAGGUCAGCAUGCUCGGGGCGCGGACGCUGCACGCCGCCAACGAGCAGCUGUGCAGGCUGCGGGGGUCGGCGCGAGACUUCGGCGGCAUCCCGGUGGUGAUCUUCUGCGGCGACUUCCACCAGUUCCGGCCGGUGCAGGAGCGGUCGAUCCUGCUGCCGAGCGCGGCGGUGGCGUGGGACGAGGACGGGGCGUUCGCGGCCGAGCAGCGGCGGCAGCACGACAAGGCGCACGCGCUGUGGCGGCGGUUCACGACGGACCGGUCGGACCUAGAGCUGCUCAACUCGAGGUGCCACCGGCCGGGCAGGCGGAUCCCGUGGGAGACGGGCCUGACGGUGGUCACGCCGCUCAACCGGAACCGCUGGAACCUCAACCUAGAGGCGGCGCUCGCGUUCCGGGCGCGGCGGCGGACGGCGGCGCGCGUCUUCCUGUCCGAGCACAAGUGGAGGGAGGGCCUGCCGACGGAGGAGGAGGCGUUGCUAAUGCUGGGCCAGGGCGACGAUAGCGCGACGCCGGUCCCGGCCGUCUUCGUCUUCGUGCCCGGCAUGCCGGUCGUCGUGAACCAGAACACGCACCAGGGGCUGAAGCUAGUGAACGGCGCCGGGUACACGGCGGUAGACGUCAUCCCCGACCGGCCUUCCCGGCCACCGGGUCUCGGCCGAGCUGACGAUGCACUUCGGCCGCCGGCGGGCAUCGUGCUGGCUUCGGAGACGACGAGGACUUCCACUUCGUCGGGAUGCCGGCCGGGACGAUCCUGCUGA